AUGGUCUCCCUUCUUGUGACUGUGUUCCUCAUCCAACUAUUCUGCCAUCUGGUCCUGACGAUCGGGUCCAAACCUAUCAAUGAUCUGCUAUGGCAAAUCUGCUGUCGGCUACCCUUUCAGUCGUCGCACGACAUCCGAGAGCAGAUCCGGCUCCGGCGAGAGGUGGUGCGGCUGAAACGCGAAAUGAACGCCGUCAGCGCCCAGGACGAGUUCUCCAAGUGGGCCAAGUUGCGCAGGCAGCAUGACAAGGCCAUGGAAGAAUACGACAAGAAAGCCGCCGCUGUUUCGGCUGCCCGAGCAUCCUUCGACACCAAAGCCUCUGCGGUUCGAUGGACCUGUACGAGCGGCUUGCGGUUUGCACUGCAGUUCUGGCAUGCAAAGACGCCCGUCUUCACCUACCCGCGUGGUUGGUUCCCUUGGUAUAUUGAGUGGUUGCUCGGGUUCCCCCGAUGUCCGUACGGCGGAGUGAGCAUCAACGUCUGGAGCGUCGCUUGCUCCACGGUCAUUGCGCUGGUGUGGGAGGUCGCGGUCUACAUUAUACUGUGGGUUCGCGGGCUACAGACAGCAGACAAGCAGAAACAAAGGGUCAAGGUGCCAGUCUCGACGUCCGCAACGGAAAAGAAUAAAUGA